GACGCGCAGCGUCCGAUUUAGUUUCUACUCGGCAUCAUCUAAGUUUCAAAGUCAGAUCUAGCCGGGAAAAACUAUCGUCGUCGAGGAAACGACAUUGCAACAUGCCGGGUCGCAAUAAGGAGCAGGAGGCUGAGAUUCUCAGCUGGAUCGAGGCUGUAAUAGGCGAGAAACUCCCUCCCGGGAACUUCGAGGAUAUCUUGAGAGACGGUGUAAUCCUUUGCCAAUUAAUCAACAAACUCGCGCCCGGAUCGGUGAAGAAGAUUCAAUCUAAGGGCACGAAUUUCCAACUUAUGGAAAAUAUUCAAAGAUUCCAAGCAGCGAUCAAGAACUACGGUGUCCCGCAAGAGGAAAUUUUCCAAACCGCGGAUCUCUUUGAGAGACGCAACAUCCCUCAAGUCACCCUCUGCUUGUACGCGUUGGGCAGAAUCACUCAGAAACAUGAAGAAUGGACUGGGCCAGGAUUGGGACCGAAGAUGGCGGAAGAGAACAAGAGAACUUUCACGGAAGAACAGCUUCGUGCCAGUGAAGGUCAAGUGAAUCUUCAAAUGGGUUACAACAAAGGUGCUACUCAAGCCGGCCAUGGCGGCUUCGGCAAUACGCGACAUAUGUAAAUUUUUCUAGCAAAUUAACGUACUGCUACCACUACAUACAUCUACAAUGACUACUUAGGCCAUCGAACAUGAAACACGGUAAAAUAAAAACGUCGAAAUAAGUCGCAUUUUUUUUUAAUCACGUCUAAAAUGCGAGGACAAAAUCCUUCUUAAAGAGUAUUUCCCGAAUUCUCGUAAGUCUCGCCAAAAACAACUAUAAACUUUUUACUGUCAUGAUUGUUAUCGGUAUAAACGAGAUCAAGUAGUUUGCGUUAAUACUUUUUUUCCGUGUUACGAAUAAUGUAAAUCGCCUGUUUUACACCGUCACGAAUAAGUAUGUCUGCGGUAUCAGAGAUUACGACCAUUACUACUUUUUAGUCAGGCCUAAAUGUUGAUAUUUAACAACUCUAAUAUACAUUAUUUUCUUUUUCUCUUUUCUACGUAAAGCACCAAUAAGCAGCGUUAAUUGUAACCUUCUGUCUAUUCGCAGAAAAUAUUUUUUAUAUGAACUCAUAACAGUGUAGUUUGCAUGUGAAUGUAAGUAUGAGCUCCUUUUGCUAUCGACGAAAUUGCGAUAUAUCUAGAAGUGCUUUAUAUAUUUUACGGAGAAUAUUAAUUUAUUUAAAUAUACGUACACGUACAAUACAUCAUCACCUACUCGAACAAUUUUUAACGCACAAUUACACUUUCGUAUUAAAUGCGUACUCGUUGCCAAUUGAAUACGUGUUAUCUUAAACAAAAGGCUACGCAUCAAUAUUACACAAACGUUUGAUAGAACAUUACAUAAACAUUUACACGACGAUAACAACAUUUACACCAGAUAUUCACACUAUAUCCUGUGAACAUACACGUAAACAUACACGUACAUCAACAUAUACAUACACGCAACACUACACUACACUACAUUAUUAUACAGAUAUUAAUGCACAUAACUCAAAAGGUCCAAUAAAUUCAUAUAUAGACCUCUAGAAUAUACAAAAAUAAUUUUUACAUUUUCCUAUACGAUAUACAACUACCUUGCAGACUUCAAAUAAUAUUUCGCUAAAACGAUGUUCCCGCAAAUUUAAAUUAUGUCGCGGACAAGUUGGCUUUUCUAUAUAUUUUGUGAAUCAAAUUGUACGAGUCCACAGUGUUUGUAGACUGGAAAAUUAAAUCAGUAUGCAAAAUUCUG